AUGCCAUCACGAACAGAGAUGGAGAUUAUCAAUAAUGAAGUGAAGUUAUUUAUGAACAAGGUGUUGAUCAACAAGCUUGAUAUGAAGUUAGCCGGCACUUCUGGGAAGCAUUACACCAGCUUUGUUACUUUAAAUCAGUUUGUUGUUUAUUUCCACUUUUCGUUCUACGCUGCUUGUAAUCAAUUUGCUGCGGAUAACGAUAAUAACUAUUUGAAGUGUUUUCGUUGA